UUGGGCGGUGAGUGCAAAGCUCUGUCUCAGGUUGCUGAGGCGGAGCCUCAAUGGGGUAAACCAAUAGCUAAGUUCGUUAGAGAGCAGAGGGCUACGCAUGUACUCAUAGAACUUGAGUUACAUCCAGAUUGGUGCUAGUCGGUCAACACGUGGGGAGGAGACGCUGGCUUUCCACAGGGACACGUUUGAAAAACCUCACAUUAUCAGUAUUGCUCUCAUCGUGGCGGCACCGAGGACCCUAAAGUACUGUGUAGCUGUUAGUGUCCUGAGGAAAUGCCGCUGAGGUUUCGCUCUGUUGUGCCCUACACUCUGCCCGGAGUCCUUGCACUGAUCGGCUGGUGGUGGUACAUCUCACGGAAGAAAGAACGGCUCAUCAGCCAUGACAGCCCAGAAGGGGCUACAACCGCUAUAGGCCUUAGAAUAUCUCCAGCAGAGGGUAGCAACGGUUUGGUUGAGAAAGGCACUGUUUCCCCCACAAAUGACACAGAAAGCCCCACCCACAGACCUCCAAAGGUCAGUAACCAGAGAACGGAACAUGAAAAUAUUUCCCAGAUCCAUGUCCAGGACACAGAAGCAGCACCUUCACUGGAACAAAGUUCUGAAGAAGCUGCCCCUCACCUUGGCAUAAUAACACGAGAGGUCAAUAAACCAUCAGUCUUCCCUGGCAAAGAAGACAGCCUGCAGGUGUCAUCACAAGACCAUAAAGACCCAGAGAAAAGCUCAUCACCUCCCCUGGUGAAAGAGCUGGAGAAACGCAUAGUCAAAGAUCCAGUCUCUUCUCCAGAAGCCACAGUAGAAGAGGUCAUCUUGCCCUGCCAGUCUACCAAAGUCACCAUCUCCCUCACAACUGCACACCUUUCUGAUGCAGAGAGGCCUGAGCCAGAGGGGGAAGUUGCAAUGCACAACAGCACUGUUAAUUCACAAGAUGAGAUGGUUGUUUUUGCAGUCACCCCAGCCAAAGUGCAGAGAGUGAUGUCAUCAGAGGCAGACUCUCUAGAGACACCCCCUUCAGCGCAGGUUUUCCACCAACACAUUCUAACCAGCACACCUACCUCCCUGGCCCCGGCCUCCACAGCCCUGACCACGAUCAAAGACUCCACCACCCCAUCAGUGACUCCAGAGGACAUCCAGGUAUGCAGUGGAGAGGAGCAGGAUCUCGAGCUUCUGGCAGCUGAAUUCAUAACUGAGGUCAUCUCGGCAGCCACCCAGGAGGUCCUUGGUGUUACCAGCUGCCAGGUCACAGACAAAAGCCAUCCCAGCUGCAGUAGCAGCACACCACUGGGUAGUGGCAGACUAUGCUUCCAACAGGAGACAAUCACAGCAGCACAGCAGCACCACCAUCUACUGAUAAGCCCCUCUAAAAUAAGCUGUGAGUCUAGAGAGGCAACCGAGAAAGAAGAUCUAGGGAUGCCUAAUGGAUGCUCCUCUGAUCCAGUAUGGGAGCCUGUUGAGGUCAGUCACAGGGUUCAUCAGGAAAACGAUGCACAGAGAGGCCGUUGGCCAACACCAUCACACCAAGCUGCACAAAGUACCCCUUUCAUGAACAUGAAACUGAAAGUUGAUGAAGCAGCUGCACUGGCUGAGGACUCAGCUUGCAGCACAUGCCACUCUGAGGAUGGCAUUGGCAGUGAGGACCUCCAGAACAGCAUGUUUGACAACCAAAUGGAUGUGAUCCAGGUUACAGACUUGUCAGCAAGAGAAGCCACAAAGCCACAGUCACUGGUUGAGACCGCCACAGAAGCAACGGUUUUGGCUGUAACCGAAGAAAGCUCAGUGGAUGCUGUUUGUGAGAUAAAGAGGGUCAAUGGAAUGGGCCUGAGGAAUGGAGCUCAUGGGACAUGUGAGGUGGAGACAGACCAGUCUGGAGGCUCUGAUGUGAACAGUAUGGACUCAGUGGACAGCGGCUGCACUAUGGGUGCUGGGGAAAGUCAGAGCAACCGCGCUGCCUCCUUGAGCUCUGAGCUCAUCAUCUGGGAAAUUGAGGUGCCAAAGCAUCUUGUAGGGCGGUUAAUAGGGAAGCAGGGGAGAUAUGUGAGUUUCCUGAAGCAGAACUCUGGCGCAAAGAUCUACAUCUCCACCCUGCCUUAUACACAGGAGUUCCAGAUCUGUCACAUAGAUGGUACACAGCAGCAGGUUGACAAAGCCCUGUCCUUGAUUGGGAAGAAAUUUAAAGAUCUGGACUUGACCAACCUAUAUGCACCUCCGCCACCCCCACUCACAUUGCCGUCACUUCCCAUGACCUCCUGGCUUCUGCUCCCCAGUGGAGUGACAGUUGAAGUGAUAGUGGUGAACAUCGUGUCAGCUGGUCACGUCUUUGUCCAGCAGCACACCCAUCCUACCUACCACGCUCUGCGAAGCCUUGACCAGCAGAUGUUCCUCUGCUACUCCCAGCCGGGCACCCCUAGCCUGCCCUCACCUGCUGAAGUUGGUGUGAUCUGUGCAGCUCCAGCGGUGGAAGGAGCCUGGUGGAGAGCUCAGGUCAUCACCUUCUAUAAAGAAACAAAUGAAGUCGAGAUUAGAUAUGUUGAUUAUGGAGGCUAUGACAGAGUUAAGAUAGACUCACUACGGCAAAUAAGGUCUGAUUUUGUAACACUACCGUUUCAAGGUGCUGAAGUAUUGCUUGACAACAUCGCCCCACUUCCAGGAGAGGAUCGUUUUUCACCGGAGGCCACAUCAGCAUUGGAGGAGUUGACGAGAGGAGUGGCGUUGCUUGCACAGGUCUCAAACUACGAUAACAACACAGGCCUCCCACUGGUCCACCUUUGGAACAUGGUCGGAGAUGAGGUGAUUUCAGUGAACCGUACGCUGGCAGAGAGGGGCCUGGGUGUUUGGGUGGAUGGAUUUUGAACUCCUAACAUGCUCUGACCCCCCCCCCAACACACACACACACAAACACACGUCGCCCCCUUAUUCUCUUGUGAUCAACAGUCUGGGACAUGGGUCAUCCUGAGGUUCCAGACACACCACUGGAUCUAAGAAGAUUGCUUUUCCUUUUAUUUUUUUGUUGUUGUUGCCAACCCCCCCCAAAAAAAUAUUACAAAUUGUUUGCAGCACUGCUUCAAAACAAGACAACCUUCCCCUCUUGUUCUUGUACACAAAAAGAACUUAAAGAUGGAAAGGAAGAGGUACUUGUACAUUUUUUUUUAAAAAACUAAAAAAUCUAUAUUGUAACUAAAUAAAGGUUGAACCAAUAUUUUUUUCCUCCCCCAUCCUAACUUAGGUUUUAAUCUUGGCCUUUGCUCACUGACUGUGGAUCAUCAUGCUGUGGAAGGACAAACACCUCCAUCAGUCUAUGUAGACACUUGUAAACAGUUUUGAGUUUAAUUGACACCUCGGCUGUAGUUCUCUGUAGGUCAAUACAAUUGAUUUAGCAGAUUUUUGGGGGUUCUUGUCUGGAUAGAAAGUGGGGGGCAGAAAUGCUAUAGAGACUGAUGGGUGCUUGCAGGGCAAUGAGCAGAAGAGGUCAGAGUGGUCCCUGGUGGAGCACCCUGCUGGUCUACCUAGCCCUGUGGCCUCAAGAGACAUGAAUUUCUCUUGGGUCUCCAUCCAGAACUGCUGCUGCACAUCCAACUAGGACAGAGGAGCGUGGUGGUUGCCUUUGCUCUACUUUUCUCCACCAACUUGCACUGCGUUAGAGGAUCCAGGAAUUUCAGCCUACCAGACAAAAGGCAGUUGAACAGCUUUUCUAAUUGGAAUUCAAAGUUGAGGAAGAUUUCGUAAACUCAAUAUUUCUAAGAUGCAAUUUUGACAGCAUGUGAGCAAGACAACAUAUGACUGUUUGAAAUCCUCAAUUUACACAUGUUCUGUUUUUAAAGGACCAGUGUGUAAGAUUUAGUGGGAUAUUGGCAGAAAUAAUAGCCUUUCGCAUGUUUAGCGGCCACUAUAGGUUCUCCUACAUGAUUGGAACGGGAGGAUGAGGGGAAGGGUUAUCACUUGGUUGCAAUCUGCAGACUCACUGCUAGAUGCCACUAAAUCCUACACACCGGUCCUUUAAAGACUGGCAUAACUGUAAAAAGAUACUCUGAUUUUGUUAUAGCACCUUCAAAUCCUAAAAUUUUGUCCUGAAAGAUGAUUUAUUUUAUUUAUAAUCUGCACAUAAGAGAUUUAUUCUGCUCUCAAGAUAAAAAAUUACCAAUAUUUCAUGUUGGUCAAAUUAUGGUAUGUCUCAUGGGUGUCAUCUGGUUUAAUAAUUCCAAAGAAAUCAGGAUUUUCUGAGCUCGGAUGCAGCAUUAAUACACUGUUGGUGAUUCAUCUGAUCUUGAGCAGAGUUUCAGUAUGAUGGCAGGGUACUGCUGUUAUCCUGAAGCUCUGAGCUCUACAAAGACUAAAUAAUGAGGGAACCACUAAAAACUCAGACUGACGUGGGAAAGAAACACUAAACACGAUUUAGUUUGCAGUGCUGCUCUUCAAUGUCGACCUAAUAUUAAUGUUGAUCUGAAUCCAGUUUGUCAUUAGUAAUGCAUGGUAAACCCAGGAGCAGCUCUGUUUUACACUAUUUGCUGUAUUGACGUUUAUGAUAAAUUUAGUGUUGAAAGUCUUGGGGGUUUCUGUCACCUGUCAGCCUGUGUGUUAAAGUGGAUUGUAAUGCAGGACCUUCGUAGAAAAGGUUUCAGUUGUAGUCAUCUGGACACUGUUUUCAGAAUCAACGUCAAGAAACGUCUUGAUUCCGAAAACAGUGUCCAGAUGACUACGACUGAAACCUUUUCUACGAUGGAACACUCCAGGACGAAUGAGGGACUACACCGUCAGAGCAGGACCUUGUUCUUCACAUGUGGAUAACAGAGUUAACUAGGAUUAUUGAUGAUUCGACACAAACCUGGAUUUUUCACUUCUUCAAAGCUGGCUUAAAUUUAAUUUAGAUUUGUUGUCAUAGCAGGAAGUCCUCAAGCCCAAACCUCUUGAUAUAAUUAUGAUUUCAGAGGCCUGUAUAACAAAGCAAGUUCAAUUUAGUCUGGCUCUUUUUGGAAUCCCUGGCUUCAUAACUGGUAUCACAAAGCUGGUUAUUAACUGCAUCUGUUAACUCUGGGUUUUCCAGUCUAUGAAUAUGUUCUGGUGAAAGAGGCAGUGUUGUUAAUUACAAACAAACAUCAUCAGAACCAUGACUUGGAGUACUUAGUAUGACAUGAGAUGAAACGGUGAUACCCAUUGGGAGACUGGGUUACUGAGGCAUAUUUGGCAACGGGAAAUGUGUAUAUAAUAUAUACGCAACUUAAACAGAGUACAAAAUAGUAGAAAAUAAUAUUCAAAUAUUAAAAGUAAGGCUAUAAAUAAGUGAAGAAUGAUCAUGUCUUUUUAAAUGUUUGAUUUUUAACAUGUAGAGAGUGAGUAUUUUUGCUUUUUUUUCCCCAAGAUGAACAAAAAUCAUAGAUAUGUGAUGCACAUAAAAAGUUAUGCAAGACUGUUCUGCUGCCAAAGUAGAGAGGAGAAAAGAAUGUUGCGUUUAUAAUUUAAUGGGAGCUAAUUCAUAACAGGCUAUUUAGUCCAAGUAAGAUCUGUUUUAAACCCAGAGUGCACCACUGGAAAGACUGGAACAACGCAGUGAUUCUACUGAGCUAUAAAAAUAUUUGUUCUUAUUACUUGUCACUUGACUGUACUUUUUCCAGUGAUCUGUUUGGUCAUAAAGCAUAUGACCAUAUGAAUAUGUCACCAUGGUAAACUACCAUGGUUAAAAGUGAGCCAACUUUGUGAUAUAGGAUAAUGUGAGUCGAGCCAAAAGAUAGCCAGCUAAACGACUAAUCUCAUUUCAUGACAGGCCCUGGAUGGGAACAGUUUUACUAUUGAGAAUCAUAAAGAUGUUAUGGUGUAAUUAUCUAUUUUUACAAAAACAUGUUGCCUUAAUCCCAAAAUAACUUAAUCCAAAAUUAACAAAGCAGUUCUUUAACUGUUUGACAAACUGAGUCUGCUGGAUGAGAAUUAACAAAAUCAUUUUAGCUGUCUAACAUUAGGUUAGCCUUAGGGGUGUUGCAUAAAGAACAGUCAGAAGAGCAGGGCUUAUAGUAAAAAGUUUGGCUUGAGUGAGCCUAACAAACCAGGAUUAAAUUUUAAUAAACCCAACUCAAAACUGUGGACAGAUUAAUUGAAACAUGGUUUAAGAACACAGACAUAAAGCACGGAUCAUAGGAAUUCACAGUGAAGAAAACGGACAUGUAAAGAAAAAAACUGGUGAUAUAGGAACUUUGGAGAAAGCGAAGCCUGAAAAUGAACCUGACGAGGCUAGCACGGAGGUUUCCAUGAUAAUUUAACAAUUAUAUGAACCUACUUCAUUAAACUGAAGAUGAGCUUGAUUUACUUAAGUAAUCCUGUCUUGCUUCAUGAAACACCCCUCUGUAUUAGUUAAACCACAUUUGAAGAACAGGGUCCUGCUAAUUAAGAACUAGUCUUACAACAUGCUACAACAGAAUUUUAUCGUAGCUUUUCAGUUAAAUCUGCAUCUGAAUGUCUUUUUUUUUUUUCAGACAUGGAAUCAUAAUGUUUAUCCAAUGUUAUUAAGUCGGGCCUUCCCGCACUUCUUAUAUGGCAUUGUUAGAUUCUCAAUGACUGUAAUUCUAAAGAACAUUAACUCCAUGGAUUUCAUUUUUUGAGUCUCUUUUCAAUGGAAAGGAAAUCACUGUUACUCUAGCAAUAAGGCAGCUUUAUUUUGACAAACUGAAGGACAGAAUGGGGACAUGGGUGUGCUUUAAGUGUUGCAUUUGACACACUAAGAACAAAGAAAGUUAGCUGCAUAACUGUUGUCAACAUAACUGGUAAACAACACUUAAUUACAAUAAUGAUCUCAGGAAUGGUUAAUUCCAUGGUUGAUUAGUGAAUUAGUAGAAGGGGCAUGAUUUUGCUUGAAAAGAUAAAAUUCUGAUGUUUUGACAUUGACUUGCAUACAAGACAUGUAUGAAUUUUUGAAGGUGUCCACAUGUUGGUGCUGGAAUCGGAGCAGUAGCCAUAUUGUCUGUUGUUGGCUUGUGUGCAUCCUUCCUCUCUGUUUCACAUGAACUGUCUGGUCGUCUCUUCUUUUUUAAAUCCAGAUUAAAUAUGGCAUACUAGUACCCCCCCCCCCAACAACCCAAUAUCCUUCACCACACCUUUUUAACACACAAAAAACUGAUCAAACUAGAGUUUUGUUCAUUUCUCUGUAAAUAAGAUAUUUGACUGUACUUUUCUAUAACACUGAAGAGAAAGAGAUAUAAAGGGAACUUUUUUUUUUGUUUAUUUGUUUGGUUUGUUCUAGUUCAUCUUGCCUCCCCUCUUUCAGUCACUCAAUGUUCUCAAGCUCUGGGACUGAUUUUUAAGUGUUAGCUAGACAAGUCAUCAUUUGAUUAUUUAAAUGAGUGUUAAGCUCUUGUGCCCAAGAGCAUUUAACAUGUACAGAUCAGUUUUUGCGAGGCUCAUAAGUUUGAUUUGUUGAUUGUACAGGUCUAUUAGGGGAAAAAAUAAAAGUUGAAAGUGUUGAUAUGGUA